CUCUUUCCUCAUCCCAGACCCAGGAGCGUCCGGGACGCAGCGCCCAGAACUGGGGGACGCGGCGGCUGCAGGGAGCCCGGGCUAGAUUCUGGAAGAAGACAUGACUGACUGUCUACAAUGAUACAUCCUGACAAGAAGUUAAUACCAGAGAAGGAAAAGAAAUCAACAGCUAGUGAACAGAAUUUUAAACAACCAGGAUUUUGCAUUUGUUACUUCUAACUACAAACUUAUAUUGCCUACUUUUAAAUUAUCAGGAUUCCCAGAAUUUGGACAAGAUAUUUUCUUCUGUAUUUUUUUUUUUUUGACAUUGAGAAACUGCAAUGUCUAGGAAACAAAGCCAGAAGGAUUCUUCAGGAUUCAUUUUUGAUUUGCAGUCCAAUACUGUAUUUGCCCAGGGAGGAACUUUUGAGAACAUGAAAGAGAAGAUAAACGCAGUGCGUGCAAUAGUUCCUAAUAGGAGCAACAAUGAAAUCAUCCUGGUUUUGCAGCACUUUGAUAAUUGUGUGGACAAAACAGUUCAAGCAUUCAUGGAAGGCAGUGCCAGUGAAGUACUCAAGGAAUGGAUAGUAACAGGCAAGAAAAAGAACAAAAAGAAGAAAAGCAAACCAAAACCUGCAUCAGAAGCAAAUAACAGUGUCCCAGACUCCAGUAAGUCAGUACCCAUUAAAGAGGAACAACCGGCAUCUUCAGAGAAAGGUGGCAUCAAUGGUUACCAUGUUAACGGUGCCAUCAAUGAUGCUGAGUCUGUGGACUCACUCAGUGAAGGGUUGGAGACACUUUCUAUAGAUGCCAGAGAAUUGGAAGAUCCUGAGUUUGCCACACUGGAUAGAACUGGAUCUGUGCUGGAGAAUGGUGUCUCUGACUUUGAGCCCAAAUCUUUGACUACGCACUCUGUUCCGAAUGCCCAGCAGUCCCGGAAUGCUGCCAAAUCUCUCUCAAGAGCCACCACAGGAGCCCAGGUUUCAAAUCUGGGAAUGGAGAAUGUUCCAUCGUCUUCUACCAAUAAAAAGCUAGGUUCUAACAUUGAGAAAUCUGUGAAAGACCUCCAGCGGUGCACCGUGUCUCUUGCGCGGUACCGAGUCGUAGUUAAAGAAGAGAUGGAUGCAUCCAUCAAGAAAAUGAAGCAAGUGUUUGCUGAGUUGCAGAGCUGUUUAAUGGACCGAGAAGUGGCGUUGCUUGCAGAAAUGGACAAAGUGAAAGCUGAAGCAAUGGAAAUUUUGCUCAGUCGGCAGAAGAAAGCAGAGGUUCUGAAGAAGAUGACGGAUGUGGCUGUACGGAUGUCAGAGGAGCAGCUGGUUGAACUCAGGGCUGAUAUUAAGCACUUUGUCAGUGAGCGGAAGUACGAUGAAGACCUGGGAAGGGUGGCCCGGUUCACCUGUGAUGUGGAGACUCUGAAACAGAGUAUCGAUUCAUUUGGGCAAGUGUCCCAUCCAAAGAACAGCUAUUCGACCAGAUCUCGAUGCAGCUCGGUAGUAUCUGUGUCCUUGAACGGCCCGGGUGAUGGGUCUGCUGCUUCCUCUUCCCCCUGUGCUCCCAGCCUUCCAGGUGCUAACAAGAGACACUGUGCCCCAGGAGAGACUUCAGCAGCCAUGACAGACUCCAGUGACGGACCCGGCCAGGCUUAUCGGGAGGUAUUUCCAGGAAACCGGCGAGGAGGCCAAAGCUACAGACCACAAAGCCAGAAGACCACUGACCCCACAAGCCAAGGGCGGCAUGACAGUGCGAGUCGCUACAGAAACAACUCGUGGUAUUCAUCUGGGUCCCGCUACCAGAGUACUCCACCUCAGGCCUCAGGAAAUGCUAGUGAAUGGAGCCAGGCUUAUUCUUCAGGGACCAAUGGAGUUGGAGCCAGCAUGACGCCUAGCCCACCCAAGCCUUCAUUCAAAAAGGGGCUUCCACAGCGCAAACCGAGGACCUCUCAGGCUGAAGCUGUGAACUCUUGAGGGAAAUUCCAGUUGGCUUCUCUCUUCUUCCCAUUCAGUUCAAUCUAGUAACUGGGCUUUUAGGAAAUGUAUACUUAGAUAUAAUAACAAAAAGAAAUUUAUGCAUAUCACAUUGGGCCAUCCUAAAUAUUUUUUGCUUUCUCCUCUUGUUAUUUUUUGAGAGAAAGCCAUUUUUCCUUGGCCUUUCCUAGUGAUAUGGACUGACCCGGUUGGUCAUUUUCACCAGGAAUGAGGACAGCUAUGGUUGGUUUUCCCAAGGGUAAGCAGCCUUUCGCCCAGUGCGCCUGUCUUCCAGCUGCCCGCAGAGGCUGUCUUAGAGGAAGGGUGACGGUGCUAGUCUGUCACCUUUCCAUUCGGAGUAGACGCCACAGGUCUGCCAGGUUCCCACUCAGUGUCGGUUAAAGGGGGGCAGCAGUGAGGGGACUUCAUACAGUAGCGAAUCAGCCAGAAAAGGGAACUCAGCGUUAGUGUGUGAAGAGGUGCGAACACUAGGAAUCAUUUGGGAACCUGCCUCUCUUCGGAAUGUGCCUGAGAUCAGACGCUCAAAUCAGGGUUUCAGUCCCAUGGUUGGCACUGACCUUAACCUUCAGUUUCUUCAAAAUGCCCAAAGCCUUGUUUCCUCUUACCUCAGGCUGCAACCCAGUCUAAAGUCUAUGGGAAAGUAGCAUUUUAAGUUUUUUCUUUGUUUCAGUGUUUUGGAGAUUUUUGUUGUUCUCGCCCUUCCCUGGUCUGGUUAGGAACCCAUCUCUAGUAAUAUAAUUAGUGUUAAUCUGAGGGUUACUCAGCACAAUCGUUGCGGUCAUCUUUAUAGGUGAAUAAAUAAAAGCAACUGCAUCAAUGUUC